AUGUCAGAAGAAUGGCACACCACAUGUACAAGGACCCAAAGGUACGGUAUUGAGCCAGAUGUCGGUGAAAUUCCGGCAGAAUCAAGAGGCCUGAUUGUGGGAGAGGAGCAACAAGCCGUGUGCAUGUCUGUCAUCACCAUAAUCACCAGUAUUAUCUGCGUUCCUGGUCUCUUAAACAAGAUGAAGGAGAUCAGACGAAAACUAGCUGUAGAUGCAGAUGAUUUCAAUCUCAUGCAGCAAGAAAUAUGGUCCGAUCUACAGACAAUCCGCAAUGAGAUUCCUUUGCAAACUGUAAAAAAACGAAACGCUACGGUUGCAUGCGGUACGAAAACUUGCUGCAUUAUAGAAGUCGAAGUCAUGAUGGAAGAUUUAGUGUGCAAGUAUGGAUAUUCGUGCCCUCCUGGCGAAAAAGGCAGACCGGGCAUUGAUGGUUUAAAUGGUAUACCUGGUCUACCUGGUGUACCGGGCGAAAUUGGUGCUCCAGGUGUUAUACCAGGGCAGUCAGGUAAAUGCAGAAUGUGCCCUCCAGGACCACGUGGAUAUGCUGGCUAUGUCGGCCUACCUGGACCACAAGGAGCGACUGGCCCUCCGGGAAGUCCAGGUCCAGAAGGUCGUUCAGGCCCUGAUGGCUCACCAGGUUUACCGGGACCCUCCGGAUCUAAAGGAGAACCUGGCGAUGAUGGUGAGGAGGGACUACCAGGAAUGAAUGGAACAUUCUAUGAAAAAGGGCCUCGUGGACCAACUGGAGUAAAGGGCAUGGUUGGACUCAAGGGCUGUUCAGGGAUGACAGGACCAUCCGGACACGCAGGUCCUAUUGGGCCCAUUGGAGAGCGAGGACGUGCUGGGGAACCUGGACAGCGCGGAUAUCCGGGAGUCGCUGGAAGAUACGGAGAGGAUGGUACACCUGGUGAAGAUGGUGGAUACUGUCCCUGCCCUAAUCAGAUUAGUGGUGAUACAAACUAG